UUUUCUCAAAUGCUGAACAAUCUUGAUGAGAUGUUUUCCAACAACAUCUUUAUUAUCCCAUCUUUAUUAGCUCAUCAAACUCUCCUACAUUUUCUUCUUCUUGCUAGAUUUCUCUUUUGCUUUUUAUUUGAUAGAGCUCUGGUUCAAGGAUAUUGAGCCCUGCUUGAGCUUUUCGGGGGUGGUUUUUUUUAUUCUUUUCUCUAAACUGCAUGGCAACUACAAUUAAUCAAACCAACACCAAGUCAUUGCAUCUCCAUCAAUUUAUCCGUUUCAUUAUCAUAAUCAUCUUCUUAGCUUUCCUUUUGCUCAUUAGCCCUACAAGUUCCAUAAGUCAUCACCUCCAUGAAUCCUCACCUAAGAACAGUAUGUCUCCCUCCAAGAGGUUCCUUCUACAACCUUCCACUCCAUCUUCAUCCACUAUGAGUUUGCGUCCAACAGCUCACAGUCAACGCAGUCGCACUUCUUCUACUUCUACGAGGAAGAGGAGGAGAGAGUUCGGAGCUGAAGCUCAUGAGGUUCCAAGUGGUCCAAACCCUAUUUCAAACUAGGUGGGAUUCCGGUUUCAAUAUUUCUGGGUGAGUUUGUAAUGGAUGGAGAGAACUUUAUCAUGGAUUUUUAAUUAACUAUAUUUCUGUUUUUCCUUUUUGAUUUCUCCUCUUUGUUUGUUU